AAUAAGUGUACUGUAGCUCAAUGGAUACAGGAACGCGGGUGGAAGUAUUAACCCUGUUUAGGGACGGGCGGAGCUAAGUGACUGCAACCCGCCCGUCUGCUCAUUAAACAAAAGCAAGCGCCUCUCCUCGGCUACGAUGGGGGAGAUGGGUAAAUAUCCCACACUGAGCGGGCCGCCAGCACACGGCCAGGUUUAAAUAAAUGGGAGAGAGAGAGAUCUGGACGCGGUGUUCAGUCUCGUUUCGACGGCCUCGGACCAGCCCGUUCACCGAUGUCUGUGCGGUGGUUGCUGCCCGUCCUCUGGGCUCUGUCCGCGGAGGCAAACUUCUUCCAGUUCGACAGCAUCUCCAAUGUCUCCACUUACUAUUUUAAUUACAUUUAUUGCAAUAUAUGGGAGGGGGAUUGUCAGCCCAACCAAGACGAUGCUACACAGCAAGUUCCUACCAGGGACCUUUGGGCAGGUUUUCCUCAGGACUACGUUAGCCUGCUGCAUCAGUGGUACUGUAGUCUGGGCCAGUGCUGUGAAUCUGGAGACUGCAGGAUAACCAACAACAUCACAGGUCUGUCGACGGACCUUCAGACCAAGCUCCACGGGCAGCACCUGGUUCAGUCUGUGGUUCUGAAAGCCAUCCAGGGUUUUAUCAACAACCCAGAGUCCAACAAGCCACUGACACUCUCCUUCCACGGCUGGUCCGGCACCGGAAAGAACUUUGUGGCCCGGAUCAUCGCUGAUAACCUGUAUCGUGACGGGGUGAAGAGUGAGUGUGUCCGACUGUUCAUCGCCCCGUUCCACUUCCCCCACGCCAGACUGGUGGACACGUACAAGGGCCAGCUGAGAGAGGCGAUCCGGGACAUGGUGUUGCGCUGCCCGCAGACUCUGUUCAUCUUUGACGAGGCUGAGAAGCUUCACCCAGGCCUCAUCGAUGCCAUCAAACCCUUCAUGGAUCACUAUGACAACGUAGAUGGCGUCAGCUACCGCAGAGCCAUCUUCCUCUUCCUCAGUAAUAUUGGUGGAGCAACAAUCAAUGAUGUAGCGCUGGACUUCUGGCACUCUGGUCAAAAUCGAGAGGACAUCGGUAUGGAAGACCUGGAGCAUCGGCUAAGAGCUGAAACUAUGGAGUCUCAAGGUGGGUUUGCUCAGAGUGAGCUGAUGUCAGGUCACUUGAUCGACUUCUUUGUGCCGUUCCUGCCUCUGGAGUACCGCCAUGUCAAGCUGUGUGCACGGGACGCCUAUGCAGCACGAGGUCUGGAGACGGAUGAAGCUACGCUGGAUGAGGUGGCCAAGGCGAUGCUGUACGUCCCAAAAGAGGAGAGACUGUUCUCAGCCCAGGGAUGCAAGUCCAUACCCCAGCGGAUCAACUUCUUUCUCCCCUAGAAGGAGAGACGGACGGACAGAGAGACCUGGAGGAGGAGGUGUGAGAUUGCUUUACCAGCCCAUCUGCGUACAGAGCCAUAGAGGAGAUCUUCUCUGCUCUGCACUGCUCUAUGUACUCCCAACCCCACCCACCCCCGCAGAUACAACACGUAUCUGUCCAGGUCCCUCAGAGAAGGCCAGGCAGCAGGGCAGAUCCAGUGUGAGAGAGGAAAGCGGCACGACCCACCCUGCAGACAUGAGUAGAGACAGACAGUCAUCAUGUGCAGUGUGGCUGCUCUUCCUCACCUGCCUGCUUUGAAUCCUCACAGCGUGAAGAAGAUGGUAUUAGUGGUUGUGCAGUGUAUGUCAUAGAGGAAUACUGAUUUUUUUUUGUCAGACUAUUUAUGUCUGUUCAUCUUGGUCUAAGUCUGUUUUUUAUGUCAAUAUUUGCAUGUCAGACAUAUAUUAGCACUGAUUAUUUACUUGUGCCAUAUUUGAACAUCUUACUGUGCCCGAUUGUUUUUGUGGAGUUGUAUGAAUGCACAUUUGGUGGUACUGUAAGCCAUGAGUAAAUAUUAAAUGGCGCUGUGGUGUGAACGGUAGGGAGUGUGUAACAGCUAACAUACAUGGUGCUGUGAUGCAAAUGUUACUUGAAAUAGUUACUGGAAACGUGUCAGAAGCAAUGAAUCUAUUUGAAAGUUAGCUUUUAUGUGUAAAUAUGUUUAAUGACAGUGCUUUUAUAAUUUAUUUUUUAUUGUUUGAUUUGAUUCUUUCAUAUGAACCUGAUAAAUGUCUAUCACCAUCAUUACAUAAUAUACUGCUUUUAAUUUGGGGCAUAACAAAUGCAUUUCAUCUAUUCACUGACUUGCUUUGAUCUCUAUCAUUCAAGCAUUCCUGUUCACAUACUCUCACACAGGUCUGAGUUGGUCUGCUUUAGUGAUUGUGUUCUCUAAAGCUCAGGGUUUCAUCACAAGAAGAAAGUGAGAAGAAAUGGUUUUAAGAAAAUAAACAUCCACAAUAAACCAACAAAA